AGGUGGAAUCUGAAAUCAAAUGAUUCACCGACUAAAAGGGUAAGGGAGGUAGCGGCCAACGUUGCCCGCAAGUCUCUACGCGGAACACGCAUAAAAACAAAACAACACAAAUCAAAACCCGCGUUUCUUCUUCUUCUUCGCGUUCCUUUCUCCCUUUCGCUUUCUAGUUACUUACAUACUUCUUACUUGUGUCCAUUUUCUUCUGUUUAGACUCCCACUUGACACACCAAACUCUACGUUUUCCUUUCCUUUUCCACGAUCCAAAUUCAUUUCUUUUGUCUUAGAGAACUUCAUUUAUUUGAUUAGUUUAUAUCCACUAGAACUAGCAACUACAGAAAAUAAAUGUUACCUUUUUAGUUAAUUAAGUUAUGGGGAAUUGUUUAGGUUCUUCAGAUAGAGUAGAUUUCACCCAGAGCCAGAGCGUACAGCCUAUUUCUGGAGCCUCAAGAAUUUCCAGUAAAUCAAGCCAUUCUUCUGCUCCUUCCACUCUAACCAUCCCAUCUUGCAGUGAAAAAAGUCAUUUUGAAUGUCUUCCUACACCAGGGUCUGAGGGUGAAAUAUUGUCUUCUCCAAAUUUGAAAGCCUUUACAUUCAGUGAGCUCAAGAAUGCUACUAGAAACUUUCGUCCUGAUAGUCUUCUUGGUGAAGGUGGAUUUGGUUAUGUUUUUAAAGGAUGGAUAGAUGAGCACACACUUGCACCUGCUAAGCCUGGAUCAGGAAUGGUUGUUGCUGUCAAGAAGCUUAAACCAGAAGGUUUCCAAGGCCACAAGGAGUGGUUGACAGAAGUUAAGUACCUCGGACAGCUUCAUCAUCCAAAUCUGGUUAAAUUAAUUGGAUAUUGCUUGGAGGGUGAGAAUCGGCUUUUGGUCUAUGAGUUCAUGCCCAAAGGGAGCCUAGAAAAUCAUUUGUUCAGAAGAGGACCCCAACCACUUUCUUGGGCAGUAAGGAUAAAAGUGGCCAUAGGAGCUGCCAGAGGGCUCUCUUUUCUUCAUGAUGCAAAAUCACAAGUUAUAUAUCGGGAUUUUAAGGCUUCUAAUAUUCUACUUGAUGCGGAUUUCAAUGCAAAACUGUCUGACUUUGGUUUGGCCAAGGCAGGUCCCACUGGUGAUAGAACUCAUGUUUCCACACAAGUUAUGGGUACUCAUGGUUAUGCAGCACCAGAGUAUGUUGCUACAGGCCGGCUUACAGCCAAAAGUGAUGUGUAUAGCUUUGGAGUUGUAUUGCUUGAACUAUUAUCAGGACGAUGUGCUGUUGACAAAACAAAAGUUGGUGUUGAGCAGAAUCUGGUAGACUGGGCAAGGCCAUACUUGUCUGACAAGCGAAAAAUAUUUCGGAUUAUGGACACUAAGCUAGGGGGCCAGUACCCACAGAAAGGAGCCUAUACAGCUGCUGCUCUUACUGUACGGUGCCUAAGUACUGAAGCUAAACUAAGGCCUCGUAUGUCUGAGGUUUUAGCAGCACUGGAGCGACUUGAAGCCCCCAGGAAUGCGAAGAAGCUCUCUCAGUCUGAACUGCAGAGGGUCCCAGUUCCAGUCCACAGGUCUUCCAUGAGACAACAACGAACUCCACUUCGUAUGACUGCUAGUGCUUCUCCAUUACCAAAUAUCCGGCAAUCUCCACAACUACGCUGAACCAAGGAGCAUUUUAUUAGUAAAUUUCUUGUAUGCUUCCAUGUCUGUUAAUAUUUAUGUAAUACUAGUGUAUGUUAUGAUGCUAAAUUUAGAAUGAAUUGUACCGAGCAAAAAAUAAAAGUCUGAUGAAUUGUACCAA